AUGGGUAACCUAACAGAGGAUCCUGAGUGGCAUGGUGGAAGUAAGUACCUAGAGGAGAGUCUACUGGCCCUGCAGGCAAAGAUAGAGGAGUUGGUGGCUGAGGCCCAAAGGCAUAUUGGAAUUGGCCAUCUGAGGAAGAAAAAUUCAACACACCUUGGUUGUGCCCAGCACCUAAUGGAAACUGUCAAUGACACCAAAUUCAAACCGGCCAUGUUCCUUCUCACCGGGAUAUCUGGACUUGAAGACAUCCAUUUCUGGAUUGCUAUUCCCAUCUGCCUUAUUUAUGCUAUUUCAGUAAUGGGAAAUGCAGUUAUUCUGUACAUUAUAAAAACAGAACCGAGCCUCCAUGAGCCCAUGUACAUUUUCCUUUCCAUGUUGGCUCUCACAGACCUUGGUUUAUCAAUAGCCACUGCACCAACAAUUCUGGGUGUAUUCUUGUUUAACUCUAGGGAGAUCAGCCUAGAUGCUUGUUUUGCACAGUUGUUCUUCCUCCCCUCACUUUCAUUCAUUGAAUCCUCUGUACUCUUGUUGAUGGCUUUUGAUCGCUUCAUUGCAAUCUGUAACCCACUGAGAUACACUUCCAUCUUAACCCUGCCACGAAUAGCCAAGAUGGGACUGGUAUUUGUGCUGAGAGUGGUGACCAUUGAAAUCCCAAUCCCCUUACUCCUGAAACGGUAUCGAUUCUGUCGAGCUAAUGUCCUCUCCUAUUCCUUCUGCCUGCACCAGGACGUCAUGAAGAUGGCAUGUGCGGACAUCACCGUCAACAGCAUCUAUGGCUUCUUUGCAAUACUCUCCACGGUGGGGUUGGACUCUCUGCUCAUCUUCCUGUCUUACGUGAUGAUCCUCAAAACAGUGUUGGGCAUUGCAUCCCACACAGAGUGCCUCAGGGCCCUGAACACCUGCGUCUCCCACCUCUGCGCCGUCCUGCUCUUCUACAUUCCAUUGAUCGGCUUGUCUGUGACACACAGAUUCGGGGAGCACACUCCCCCGUUGCUUCAGAUUCUUCUAGGAUACAUCUACCUACUCGUGCCUCCCAUGAUGAACCCGAUCGUGUACAGCGUGAAAAGCAAAAACCUGCGUGCCAAGCUAAUCAAAUUCUUCAUCAAGUGA